AUAGCAAUGCUCCCAUGGCUGGCAUUUGGUCAUAUGAUUCCGUUUCUUGAGCUAGCAAAGCUUAUGGCCGCCAAAGGCCACAACAUUUACUUCAUAUCGACUCCUCGAAACAUUGAUCGUCUCCCUCAAAUCCCGAAAACUUUAAUUCCUUUCAUAAAAUUUGUCAAAGUCAAUCUACCAAAAGUCAAAAACCUCCCAGAAAACGCAGAAUCCACAAAGGAUGUACCCUUUGAUGAUGUUAAGUACCUCAAAAUCGCUUGCGAUGGACUCCAACAACCCGUCUCUGAUUUCCUAAAAACCACGUCUCCAGAUUGGAUCAUCUCUGAUUUCUGUAACUAUUGGUUGGGCCAAAUAGCAGGGGAUUAUGGAGUCCGUAUGGCUUAUUUCAGUGUCUUUCCGGCUGUAAUCCUCGGUUUUAUGGGUUCCCCUGAGGUUCUAAUGUACGGAGACGAUGAGCAGCAGAAGACGUUGGAAGACUUUAUCGAAACGCCUAGGUGGAUUUCUUUCGAAUCCGAUGUUCGACCAAGCCUGUUUCAGCUUACUAGAAUGACAUCAUUAAGUAAUAAUCUCAAAGAUGAUGGUGAGAAACAAGUUGGGGAUACGUAUCGCCUUGGAGCCACCAUCCAAAGCUGCAACGCCGUGCUUGUGAGAAGUAGUUUGGAAUUCGAGCCAGACUGGUUGAACCUCCUAAACCGACUUUACAAGAAACCCGUGAUUCCAGUGGGGCUUUUACCGGCAACAGCUACUAAUAAUGACAACGAUACUAGUUGGCGGGAAGCGAGAGAGUGGUUGGAUAAGCGUGAGAAAGGGUCGGUUGUUUAUAUUGGUUUUGGUACCGAAACAAAACCAAGUCAAUACGAGUUAACGCAGAUGGCUUUAGGGUUAGAGCUUAGUGGCUUACCUUUUUACUGGGUGUUAAUUGAUCAACGUGGGGCAUCAGAUGAUGAAGUGAUCAAGUUGCCACAUGGGUUUGAGGAUCGGACUCGUGAACGUGGUGUGGUGUGUACGAGUUGGGCACCACAGUUCAAGAUACUGAGUCAUGAAGCCGUUGGAGGUUUGUUGAUUCACUCGGGUAUGAGUUCGGUUGUGGAAGGGCUUCAACUAGGUAAACCACUUGUAUUGUUCCCAAUGUUGAUAGACCAAGGUCUGAUUGCAAGUUAUUUGGUGGAGAAGAGGAUUGCGUGUAUGAUUCAUAGGGAGGAGGUGGACGGGUCGUUUGAGCCAGAAUCGGUGGCUGACUCGCUGAGUCUUGUGAUGGUUAAACAAGAGGGGAAAAUGUAUAGAGACAAAGCUAAAGAGAUGAUGUCUUUGUUUAGUGACAGAAAUAUUCAAGACAAGUGUUUGGAUGAGCUUAUGCAUUUUAUGAUGAACUAGUUGAUCGUCUUCAUAUCUUUAUGAUGAACUUUUGUUGAAGUUUUAUGAGAAGUGGCAGGGAAGUGAGUGAAUUGAUUCGUUACUCUUUUU